CCUCACGCUGCGGAGAACUACAACUCCUAGCAGCCCCGCGGAGAGCGAGGCGAGGGGGCUUGAGUCACGUGGGCUCAGGGCCUGGGCGGGCAAGUUCUCAGUGCGGCGGCGGCGGUGGCGGCGACGGCGGCGGCGGCGGAGGCUCGGGGGACCGGGGCCUUUUGUCUGGAGCGGCUGCGGGGGGCCACGGAGCGGCGAGGCCCGCGGCCUUCCCCGGCUCGCUCGGUCCCGGCCGCCCCUUGCGGGGUUGCGGGGCCGCCCCGUGGGCCGCCCCUCGCCUCAGGCGCCGCCGCCCCGCCCUAGGCCCGCCCCGCCCGGCCUGAGGGGAGGAACCGGCCGGGCUUCGCCGCGCUGCCCAGCCAGCUCGGGAGUAGUCGCAGGUCUUUGCCGAGCUCUGCACCCGAGGCUGCCCCUCGCGCCUUAGGCGGACGCCAUGAAGAUCAAGGAUGCCAAAAAACCCUCUUUCCCAUGGUUUGGCAUGGACAUUGGGGGAACGCUGGUAAAGCUCUCAUAUUUUGAACCUAUCGAUAUCACAGCAGAGGAAGAACAAGAGGAAGUUGAGAGCUUAAAAAGUAUUCGGAAAUAUUUGACUUCUAAUGUAGCAUAUGGAUCUACUGGCAUUCGGGAUGUGCACCUUGAACUAAAGGAUUUAACACUUUUUGGACGAAGAGGGAACUUGCACUUUAUCAGAUUUCCAACCCAGGACCUGCCUACUUUUAUCCAAAUGGGGAGAGAUAAAAAUUUCUCAACCUUACAAACGGUGCUGAGUGCUACAGGAGGUGGUGCUUACAAGUUUGAGAAAGAUUUUCGCACAAUUGGAAACCUCCACCUGCACAAACUGGAUGAACUUGACUGCCUUGUAAAGGGCUUGCUGUAUAUAGAUUCUGUCAGUUUCAAUGGACAAGCAGAAUGCUAUUACUUUGCUAAUGCCUCAGAACCUGAGCGAUGCCAAAAGAUGCCUUUUAACCUGGAUGAUCCUUAUCCACUGCUGGUAGUGAAUAUUGGCUCAGGAGUCAGUAUUUUAGCAGUCCAUUCCAAAGACAACUAUAAAAGAGUGACUGGGACAAGCCUUGGAGGGGGCACCUUUCUUGGUUUAUGCAGUUUAUUGACUGGCUGUGAAAGUUUUGAAGAGGCUCUUGAAAUGGCAUCCAAAGGUGACAGCACCCAAGCUGAUAGGCUGGUCCGAGAUAUUUAUGGAGGAGAUUAUGAAAGAUUUGGUCUGCCGGGUUGGGCUGUAGCAUCUAGCUUUGGGAAUAUGAUAUAUAAGGAGAAGCGAGAAACUGUUAGUAAAGAGGAUUUGGCGAGAGCUACUUUAGUUACUAUCACCAAUAACAUUGGUUCUGUGGCACGAAUGUGUGCUGUUAAUGAGAAAAUAAACAGAGUUGUCUUCGUUGGAAACUUUUUACGUGUCAAUACUCUCUCUAUGAAACUUCUGGCAUAUGCUUUGGAUUACUGGUCAAAAGGUCAAUUGAAAGCGUUGUUUCUAGAACAUGAGGGAUACUUUGGAGCUGUUGGUGCACUUCUUGGACUGCCAAAUUUCAGCUAAAACAUCGAAGAUCUUUGCUAAGAAAUGUCACCUAGGAGAAAUCCAGAGACUGCAUUCAUUAUUUGUCACUGGGAACCAAAGGAUAAAAGAAUAAUACUGUUUGUUGAUUUUUAAGUGUCAGAACGGUAAGCUCAUGAGCUUGGCCGCAUGGAAAGACCUGUAAUGGGAAGUGUUCUUCAUUGAUGUCCCUUUGUGUGUAUAUAGCCAGCGUUCCAUCUGAAAUGCAAUACAGCCUCUUGAUUGUUGAACUUUUCUCAAUGAUUUUCUAUUUAUUUGAUGCAGCCAACAUUGUAGUACUGUAUGCUCAGACACAAAUCUUAAAAUCUCAGAAGUGUUUGCAUAUGCAGAAUAAUAGAUUCUAAAUAUUUGUUUGAGUCUGUUUUAUGUAUGUUUGGUUACUAGCGAAGAGGUAACAUAAUCUCAUAAUUUAUGUACUGGCAAUCAAAGAUAAUCAUUUUCUGUGACUUAGAAAUGUUAAGGCAAUACUAAGUAUUAACUAUGGUAGUUUUAUAAUAUUCUCCUCAAAAAAGCAUGUCUAUAUGACCUCUGCCUAUAAGUAUAAUUUUCUCUCAGAUGAUUGAUGAUUUGAAAUACUGUGUUUAAAUCUAAUUUUUCUAUUGAAUUCCAGAAAUCUUUUGCACAUAUUUGGUGACGCUACAUUUUCUUUUAUUUCAUGCAUUAAUCAGUAUAUGUGUUAAAAUGUUUACUGUUUUUAAAAUUGGGGGGCAAAUCACAUACUUAGGAGUCUGUCUUAAGUCCUUGAACUGUUCAAAUGGAAUAUGGUUAGAGUGAGUGACAUUAAGUGCUUUCUCUACCAUGUAUAUCUCAGGCCCAAACAUACACAUUUCUUUCUUAUUAGGUGUGAACUAUGAAAGCUGAUUUUAUCCUGCUAUAAACAGUAGCAAUGGAGAGAAUCAGAUGUUGUCUAAAAGGAUGUUUUGAAACUGUGACUCUGAGGCAGUGUUGCUGAAUUACAAAUGGAUCAAUGUUCUUUUUUUUUUUUUUUUUUUUGGGUCAUAAAAGCAUUGCAGAUCCAGAAUUUGUCUUUUCCUUUUGCCUUGGAAGGGUUUGAAUUUCUGUUUUUAUAAUGUUAUAAAUCUCUCAGAUUUUACAUAGGCAGUAACUUUUUGGAGGCCAGUAGUUCCAUAAAGUUGAGUUUGUAAGAGAAAUGGACCUAUAUUAAUUUCCAAUAUUUCUGGAAAUAACCUUAAAGAGGUUAGAGAUUGUUUACAUUUCAAAGAGUAUUCAGUGUGGUUUCCAAGACCCCAGUGUUCAGCAUUGAACAUUUCCAGCAGACUGUCAAGAGGUGCUUAAUAAAGACUGGUUUCUGUCUAGUUUUCAGAUUUUAUGGGCAAGUGUUUAAAGUUCAGUUUUCUUUACCUAAAGGUAUGAGCAUACAAAUAGUGUCUGGUGGAGGGAAGCAUAUGAAGGCAGUGUUUGCUUGGAACUUUUGAAAUCAGAAAACAUUCUCUGGUGAUGGCACUCACUCAGUGUUUGCAUAGUGGCCAGUUCCAGCCGAAUGCCACUGCUUUCUUUAUUUUAAAGUGUUUUCUCCCCCACCCCUACCCCCCAAGACAGGGUUUUUCUAUGUAAUGGGCCUAGCCCUGGGUGGUCCUGGACUCACUUCGUAGACCAGGCCGGCCUUGAACUCACAGAGAUGCACCACCUCUGCCUUCCCAGUGCUGGGAUUAAAGACUUAUGCCACCACACCUGGCUGUUUUAAAGGUUUUUGAUUUGAGUGUUUGUACAGAUAAGAAAAUAAUUGAAUGUUAGAAACUGCAGAUUAUCUACCUGUGGAAAUUCAGGAAUAAGCAACUCUAGGUUUAGGGCUAUCUUUAAGAGAAGAUGGGCUGGAGAGAUGGCUCAGUGGUUAAGAGCACUGGUUGCUCUUCCAGAGAUCCUGAGUUUAAUUCCUAGCAACCACAUGAUGGCUCACAACCAUCUGUAAUGGGAUCUGAUGCCCUAUUCUGGUGUGCAUAAAGACUAGAGUACUCGUAUCCAUUAAAUCUUUUUAAAAAAGGAAAGAAAAAAUGAAUAGUGCUUAAUUUGAUCGCUAUACUUCAGUUAAUGUGGGACUAACAUUUUGCCAUUUGGAACUGAAAUUACCUGUUAAGGUUCAUGUAAAGUGAGCCAGCUAGCUCACACUACCUUUUUUCUAGUCUAAUCUAUAAUUACUUAAUAAGAACACAGAAUCAUGAUUGAUAAAGGCUGUCAAGAUUCUAAACUACUUUAUAUUGCUCUUGAAAUUUCCUGUAAGCAUACUAUCAUAAAUAGGUUUGCUUCUGGUAUCAGUCAACCUAAUUGAAGGUAUUGUGUGUGUUUGUUUUGUUUUUAGGCUUGUGUUCUUAAACAGUGCCAUUUAAUAGAAAUAAGAUAUAAACUUAAACUAUGUAUGAUUGUAUAUCUUCUAGUAAAUUCAUUAAAAAGCUAACAAGAAAUAGGUGGAAGCCAUUUUAGUACUUUUUUUUUUUUACCAGCAUAUCUAAUGAGUUCAUUUUAGUUGGGAAAUGUGCUUUGCCUUCUUUUGUUUAUUUUCUUGUUUAGUCUUCAGGUGAUGUAUAUUUUAUACUUAAGAGCACAUCUCAAUUUUGGACUGACCACAUAGCCACAAUAUUUCAUAGCCAGAUACAUAAAAACAGAGAACACGGUGCCCACUGUGCUAGUGGCUUCCUAAAACUACUUCUGUUUUGUUUUUGUUUUUAAGAUAGUUUCAACUCUGUAAUGCUGGCUGCCCUUGAACUGGCUAAGUAUACCAGGCAAGCAAGCCUUGAAUUCAAAGAAAUCCAUCUUCCUCUGCCUCUUGCACGCUGAGAUUAAUGGUCUGCUAGAACUACUUAAAAAAGAGCACUAUUGUGUCCAUGAAAACUAUGAAUAUAGGCUUUUAAAAGAGUGAGAUGGGAGGAAACAGGAAUUUCUUUUUAAUAGAGGGAAGACCAUUUAUUUGGGCGUUUAUUUUACACAAACUGUUAUUAUUUCAAAUAUAUAUAUAUAAUAUUGGCAUCAUCUCUUCUUAGUUGUAUGGAAUAUUUCUAAUAACUGAUAUUGAUAAAACUGCCUGUGACACAUACUAGUAGUUAGCACUCUCCAAACUAAUGUAUUUCCUUUAUGGAAGCAAAAUUAAUUCCAGGGACUUAGUUUCUAAAGUUUCUGAGUUUUGUGCAGUCAGUUUUGGAGGAUUACCAAGAAACACUUUUUAAUCCUGUUGUCUUUUAUACAUACAGAGAAUCUUCUUUAUAAAAAAUCUGAUAACUUUCAAAUAUUAAGAGCAUGGUUAGCCAUGGUUUUAGCCAUAAAACGCACACACAAAGAUCUAAAACACCACCACUCCCCAAAAUGUUGCCUUUUAACUAGACCUCUUCAGGCUUAUAUACAUGAUCAUAUAGGUUAACAUAGUAUUUUGUGUCUUAGGUGGGAGAGUAGUGAUUCCUCCUCUGAAUAAAGUCAUUGCCAAGGCCAGUAAUACACAUGCUAGUUGAAAGCCAGCCCCUCUCACUGUUUGCAAAUACUGGACUCUUCAAAAGCUAUAAAUGGAUGGUGCCCUUGGAUGCAUAUGAUUGCUAGGUACUAGAUACUAGGUACCCAUUCUUGUUUGUUUGUUUUUUUUUUUGUUUGUUUGUUUUGUUUUUUUUUUUUUGAGACAGGAUUUCUUUGUGUAGCUGUCCUGGACUCACUUGUGGACCAGGCUGGCCUCAAACUCAGAGAUCCGCCUGCCUCUGCUUCCCUGAGUGAUAGAAUUACAUGUGUGCACCAUUAGGUACCCAUUCUUAAAGAUAAUGUUUGGGGGUUACAUUCUUGGGCGGGAAGCUUGGCCUGGCUGUGGUUUCUAUAUGUCCUUUAUAAAACCACUUUGUUAGAAACAAAGUUCUUUCGUAUUUAGUUUAUUUGUAUCUUCAUUUGUUGAGCACUUUAUCUUUGUUAGUGUUUUGCAUUUUCAAAUAUAAUUCAGAAACCCUCCUAAGUUACAUAAAAAGUUGAUAAAGCAUAAUGAAAACGAGUGUACAUUACUUUGCUUUCAGCUUCAGUUUUGUGGUAUACAUAAACAAAAUAGUAGAAUACUUUCUUGAAAAUACUCUGAUUUUAAGGUGAUUGAUUGCCUCUAAACAUCAGUGUUGUCUUUUGCCAUCUAAGCUCUGUGUAACUGAGCACGUUUCAUUCUGGCAGUGAUGCAGGCCAGCUAGCUUCAUCGGUGCCACUAGAUAAUCUCUUGUUUGUUUUUUUGCUUUUUGAGACAGGGUCUCUCAGUGAGGUCCUGGCUAUCUUGUAACUUGCUAUGUAGACCAGGCUGGCCUCAAACUCAAAAAUCCUCCCGUUUCUGCAUCGCAAGUGCUGGUAAUAAAGGCAUGUGCUACUAUGCCUAGCCUACAUAACAUUAUUUUACAAAAUUACUUUUUGUUUUGCAGUCUGUAACAGGAAUUGUCUCAGUGUUAGUAGUAACAUUUUUUUUCUUUGAAGUAUUGUGAUAGCCACUUCAAAACAGCAGCAGAAAAAUAGAGUGUCCCAAGUUUUCUGUUGUCUUUUUUUCCUACUUGCAAAAUUAAAACAUUCCCUAUUGGUCACACUGUGCUGUCUUAUGUGUUCAGUAUGUGUGGAACUCUGCUUUGGUAGUGUUUUAGGGUGUUCUGCCCCUUGGCAUAACCUCUUCAGAUGUCGUAUCUGCAUCUGUAACUGGGAACUCAGUGACCCUGUAUGAAAUGGUACAGUUGUCAAGAGCCUGAGCACAGCAGCUGCUUCAUCCUUGGCAGUGCUUAGACGGACACACAUUUUCAGAUGCCAUCAUGUUCUAGAGCUCAUUUUUAGUGCUUAUAUAAAAUUUUAACACUUCUCUGCCUGUCAUUAGUACGUGCUGAUAAGUACUUACAAAACCAGAAAAAUGCCAUUCUCUUGAUACUGCCUAUGAUAGCUAUUGGAAAGUAUGUGCACUUUUUCAUUUGUAAAGUUAUCUUGAAUUUUAACUAUUAACCUCAAAAUUACAUAGGGAUUAUUACUGCUGUUCAUUUGUACAAGAGAAAAAUAACCCUCUAAAUUCAGAGAUGUUAAAGUAUUAACUGUACUUGGAAUUUUUAGUAGCUCCUCUCUUUGACUUGUUUAUAUUUUUGUUCAUUGUAUGUGGCGAACAGUAAACCCCUCAGAAAUUACCGAAUUUGUCCAGGACCCAAUUCUCGGCAACAUUUACAGAACGAAAUGGAAUUACCUGUAAAUAGGUUGAUGGAUUGUAGUUCUACAUAAUGAGGCAGGCAGAAGACUUAAAAUUUCUUUUCUGAGUUUAAUGGGAUAGACCUGAGUCCUACAGCAAUGUCCAUCCUUCUAAAAGUAUGAGCUGAUGCUGGAAUCUUGCUGCUGACCCUCAGCACUGUGCUUGGGGAUCUGAUCUUCAUUCACAAACUAGUUUGAUUUCUUUGUUUGUUUGUUUGUUUGUGGGGUUGUUUGUUUUUGUUUUGUUUGAGACAGGGUUUCUCUAUGUAGCCAUGGCUGUCUUGGACUCACUUUUAUAGACCAGCUGUCCCUGAAUUCACAGAGAUCCACCUGCUUCUGCCUCACAAGUGCUGGGAUCAAAGGUGUGCGCCAUAACCACCUGGCUCAUUUGUUUUCUAAACAGAGGUUUGGCUUUAGAGUUUCAGUCUUUUUUUGCUGCCAUUAAUUUUUACAUAAAUGGCCUGUUAAAAAAAGUAACUUUGAUAGAAAGCAUUUUCAUUUUUACAUAACUUUAAAGUGCCCAUAAGUGUUGUAAAAUAGUGUGAGAUUGUGAUUGUUCUGUUUCUGCACUGUAUGACUGAGCGUCAUCGUGGCUGGAUGUUAUCAGGAUGUCACAGUAGCUCAGUCAGUACUUAACCCUGUGACUAUGCCAUUUGGAAAUUAGCCAGUUUUUUUCUGAAUGACUUAUUAGUUUUCAACAUUUAGAAAGAAAAAAUAAUUUUGUAAAGUCUUAAUGCUUGUGCUGUAGUCUCCUAAUCCUACCUGUAAUCCCUGGGCCCUGCUGUGAGUGAGGUUCAGAUGCUUUGUCACCUGUACCCACUGUGUUUGAGCUAAGCGAAUUCCUGGCAUUCUAACUAAAAUUGAAAGGCAUUCUUAAUUCUCCUCAGUUCUGAUGAAAUCAUUCCUAGGUAGCUUCUGUCCAAGCUUAGGGCAUCUUUUACAUAAUACAUGUCACUUCAAUGCAAGCUGCCUUACUCGCUGUUGGUUGCAUUAUUUCUGUCAGGUCCAAGCUUUGUUUAUGUUUAGAUUCUUCUAAUAUUAAAUUCUUAUGUAAAAAUGUAUGAUGUACUACAAAGUUUAUGCAUAAUAAGACUAAGUUAUAGCCUAUUAUAACCUAUAAAACACUUCCUGUAAAUUAUCUAAUUUAUUUUUCCAUUUAUGUACAGUUUCUUAAUGUAAAUUUUGAAAAUAUUUGUUGUGUUGUGCUCUGUAAACAUUCCCAUGCUUUUUCCCUUAAUGCUUAUUUGCAUGAGAGAAUCUUGGGUUCUGCUUGUUUGUACUGUGUAGCCUUUAAGCCGGCCUUGGGGUGUCUGUCUACCUUUUCUGUAGUUUCUAACUUUUUCUAAUUUGUUAAUAUUCUAAGUGUUAUAAUCAUGCUUUUUAUACCCUACUUUCCAAAUAAAUUCUCUUAUUUACUA